AUAUUUCUCAUUAACUGUAAACCAAUCUUAUCGUCACAACCAAUACAACAGUAGGCAUUAAUGAUCAUAUUAUUACACAGACACAACCCUUCUGUUUAUCCCAAUUUAGUGCCUCUAAUCAAUGCCCUCCCUAUUCACCAGUUCAUCAACCUUUCCGUACUAUAAAAACGGCUCCACUAUGUGCAUACAUACUCAUCAACAAGCACACUCAAAAAUUUGUCUUUCGUUUUUCAGUCUGAGAGAAUGGCAACCACCGUUGAAGUUGAAGGUGUCAUUACAAAGGCUGAGAAAGUUACUUUGAAGCCUCAGAAUCCAGAGGAAGGAAAUGGGAUUCAAUCAAAGGAAGAGAUGGCAAAGGAUUCUGUGAAGAAUGAGAAUCAAGCAAAGCUAGCCCAAGAACCAGACAAUGAUCAAAAACCUCAACAAGAGGAGGAGGUGAAAACAGAGGAGGUAGGAGUUGAGGUUGAAUCCAAAACGGGUGUUUCAUUUCCUGUCAAGUUGGAUGAUGGGAAGCUGUUGAAUUGUGUUGGUUUGAGGAAGAAAUCCAUGCUUGGCAUGGGCAUCAAGAUUUAUGCCUUUGGGAUAUAUGCAGAUAAUGAGAAGCUGAAAGAUCUGCUCAAGUUGAAAAUAGCGAAACCCCCAGCAAAACCCACCAAGGAAAUGUAUGAUUUGGUAAUUGAUAGUGAUCUUGGAAUGGUUGUGAAGUUGGUGAUUGUGUUUUCUGGCCUCACAAUGAGCAUGGUUAAGAAGAACUUCGAUGAGGGUCUUGGAGCAUCCAUAAAGAAACUAAACGGUGGUAAGAAGAAUGAUGAGCUCGCUAGCAAGGUUAUGGGCCAAGCAUCAGACAACAUCAAGCUCACAUCAGGUUCUGUCAUUGAGAUCUCUAAGCUUCCGGGAUAUGUCCUUCAGACAAAAGUGAUGGGAGAGGUGGUGAGCAAGGUUGAGAAUGAGCUUUUAUGCAGGGCUUAUAUCCACCUGUAUCUUGGUGAUGAUCCCUUUGACAAGGACGCUAAAGAAAAAUUUGGGAUGUCCCUGCUUUCUCUCUUCUAAUUGAAGCACGUGCUGAAACACGUUCAAGUCAAUAAGGUUCUCAUACUACUAUCAGCGGCUGAACAAAAUAGCUCAAUAAGGAUGGCAAAUGAAGACUGUGUUCUUCGUUUCUGUCAUAGAAAUAUCUGAAAGUGUGUUUAAUCAGCAAUCCAUCUUGUUUCUUGGGAAAUCUCAAUUUGGAAUGAAGCUAGAGUUUAGAGUU